GUCGGGGGAGGGCCUGGGUUUGGGGCGCCCGCCCGCGGUGACGCGCGCCCCCCGCCCGCCGCAGCGCCACUGCAAUGGCCGAGCGGGACCGUCGGACGCCGCCGCCGCCCGCCCGCCCGCGGAGAGCCUCGGUGAAUGAGAAAAUGUAGCAGAGCGGCAGCGAGCCGACACCUGCCGCAGCUUGGCGUGGACAGCCCAGCCCACACAAGCGGCCACCCCUGGUGCCCCUUGGGCCACCCUCACCAUGUCCAAGAAGGGCGUGGGCAGCCGGAGCAAGGGGGACAGGGCCGAGGCCCUCGCCGCGCUGCAGGCCGCCAACGAGGAGCUGCGGGCCAAGCUCACCGACAUCCAGAUCGAGCUACAGCAGGAGAAGAGCAAGGUCAGCCGGGUGGAGCGCGAGAAGAACCAGGAGCUGAAGCAGGCGCGCGAGCACGAGCAGCACAAGAGCGCCGUGCUGCUCACGGAGCUCAAGAGCAAGCUGCACGAGGAGAAGAUGAAGGAGCUGCAGGCCGUGCGCGAGACGCUGCUGCGGCAGCACGAGGCCGAGCUGCUGCGCGUCAUCAAGAUCAAGGACAACGAGAACCAGCGGCUGCAGGCGCUGCUGCACGCCCUGCACGACAGCGGCCCCGACAAGGCCAAGGCCGCGCUGCUGUCCGAGGCCAAGGAGGAGGCCCGGAGGGGGUUCGAGGUGGAGAAGGUGAAGAUGCAGCAGGAGAUCUCGGAGCUCAAGGGCGCCAAGCGGCAGGCGGAGGAGGCGCUGACCGUGGUCAUGCAGGCCGACAAGAUCAAGGCCGCCGAGAUCCGGAGCGUGUACCACCUGCACCAGGAGGAGAUCUCCCGCAUCAAGAAGGAGUGUGAGCGCGACAUCCGCAGGCUGAUGGAGGAGAUAAAGUUUAAGGACAGAGCAGUCUUCGUGCUGGAGAGAGAGUUAGGGGUGCAAGCCGGGCAUGCUCAGAGGCUGCAGCUCCAAAAGGAGGCUUUAGAUGAGCAGCUGUCCCAGGUCAAAGAGGCCGAGCGGCACCCGGGCAGCCCCAGACGGGAACUUCCUUAUGCAAGCGGUGCAGGAGACGCCUCAGACCACUCGGGAAGCCCUGAGCAGCAGUUGGACGAGAAGGACGCUCGGCGCUUCCAACUUAAAAUCGCGGAGCUCAGCGCCAUCAUCCGGAAGCUGGAGGACCGGAACGCCCUGCUGUCCGAGGAGAGGAACGAGCUGCUCAAGCGUCUCCGGGAAGCGGAGAGUCAGUACAAGCCACUGCUGGAGAAGAGCAAACGUCUCUCCCGGAAGAAUGAGAGUCUGUCCCACGCUCUGCGGCGCAUGGAAAACAAGUUGAAGUUCCUCACGCAGGAGAACAUAGAAAUGAGACAGAGAGCCGGCAUCAUCAGGAGACCCAGCUCCUUGAACGACCUGGAUCACAGCCAGGAGGAAAGAGAAGUCGACUUCCUGAAGCUGCAGAUUGUGGAGCAGCAGAACCUCAUAGACGAGCUUUCCAAGACCCUGGAGACGGCCGGCUACGUGAAGAGCGUGUUAGAGCGGGACAAGCUGCUGAGGCUUCGGAAGCAGAGGAAGAAGAUGGCCAAGCUCCCCAAGCCGGUCGUGGUGGAGACCUUCUUCGGGUACGACGAAGAGGCUUCCCUGGAGUCCGACGGCUCUUCCGUGUCCUGCCAGACGGACAGGACGGACCAGACCCCGUGCACCCCCGAAGAUGACCUGGAGGAGGGCAUGGCCAAGGAGGAGACGGAGCUGCGGUUCCGGCAGCUGACCAUGGAGUACCAGGCCCUGCAGCGUGCGUACGCCCUGCUGCAGGAGCAGGUCGGAGGGACGCUGGACGCCGAGCGAGAAGUUAAGACCCGCGAGCAGCUCCAAGCUGACGUGCAGAGGGCGCAGGCACAGAUCGAGGACCUGGAGAGGGCACUGGCGGAGCAGGGGCAGGACAUGAAGUGGAUCGAAGAGAAGCAAGCCCUGUAUCGGAGGAACCAAGAGCUCGUGGAAAAGAUCAAGCAGAUGGAGACGCAGGAGGCGCGGCUGAAGCACGAGGUCCAGGACGCGAAGGACCAGAACGAGCUGCUGGAGUUCCGGAUCCUGGAGCUGGAGGAGAGGGAGAGGAAGUCGCCCGCCAUCAACUUCCACCACACCCCCUUCGAGGACGGCAAGAGCCCCCUGCAAGCGUACUGCGAGGCCGAAGGCGUGACGGACAUCCUGGUCUCAGAGCUGAUGAAGAAGCUGGACAUCUUGGGGGACAACGCCAACCUGACGAACGAAGAGCAAGUGGUCGUCAUCCAAGCCAGGACCGUCUUGACCUUGGCUGAGAAGUGGCUCCAGCAGAUCGAGGAGGCGGAGGCGGCCCUGCAGCGGAAGAUGGCCGACCUGGAGAGCGAGAAGGAGCUGUUCAGCAAGCAGAAGGGCUACCUGGAUGAGGAGCUGGACUUCCGGAAGCAGGCGCUGGACCAGGCCCACAAGCACAUCCUGGAGCUGGAGGCCAUGCUGUUCGACGCGCUGCAGCAGGAGGCGGGGGCCAAGGUGGCCGAGCUGCUGUCGGAGGACGAGCGGGAGAAGCUCAAGGUGGCCGUGGAGCAGUGGAAGCGCCAGGUCAUGAGCGAGCUGCGCGAGCGGGACGCCCAGAUCCUGCGGGAGCGCAUGGAGCUGCUGCAGCUGGCACAGCAGAGGAUCAAAGAGCUGGAAGAGAGGAUAGAAGCUCAGAAGAGACAGAUCAAGGAGCUGGAGGAGAAGCUUUCAUUCUCUGGUCGUAGCUCGCCUGGGUGCCCUGGCGUGCCCCCAGCGGAGCCGGACCCCACGCCUCCAGCUGGACCGGAGGGCAGCGGCAGCCCGGGCAGCAAAGCGAGACGGCCCGGGUCAUCCCCAAAGACACAGGAGGACCUGGCCCGUGCGGGCCCUCCGGUCGGGGGGGAGGCAGGGGCUGGGCUGGAGCCGCCGGCUGUCGCCUCGACGGGUCUGGUGGCUCGUCUCCGGACUGUGCUGCUCUGGAAGGGGCCUGGUCUUGGCUGCUGGAUGCCAGGGUCCGUCCUUGGGGCGCAGCCCCCCGACCCCGGUUCCAGGGACACGCGAGGGCCCUGCCGCGCGGGAGCAGGGGCCGCGUCCCCGGGCCUGCACGCCCACCCUGCCUGGCUCCCGGGGUGGCUGUCGCCCGCACGGUCUUGGAGGAAGAUCCUCAGGAAAACGCUGCUGCCCCAGGAAGUGGCAGCAUGGAGGCCGUGGCCCCCGUGGUGACCUGCUUCAGGGGGACCGGAAGGGGUCCCCAGACGUCGCCGCAAGGAGGGUCCCCCUGGCCACCGCGGGAGGUGAAGGCGAUGCUA